UGGAUUUUUCAAUUUGUCUCUCAACUUCCGGUUUCGUCGCGUCGUAGGAACGUUACCGCCUUUGUGAUACCGGUGUGAGUGUAGGCUUGAUUCGAAAAUCCGCUGUUAUCAUCAUGAGUAAGGCACAUCCACCCGAGUUGAAAAAGUACAUGGAGAAGAAGCUUCAAUUGAAGCUGAAUGGAGGCCGACAGAUCACUGGCAUCCUUCGAGGGUUUGAUCCCUUUAUGAAUCUUGUGGUGGAUGAGGGUACAGAGGAGACCAAGACUGGAGAGAAGCGACCAAUCGGAAUGGUGGUUGUUCGUGGAAACAGUAUUGUCCUGCUUGAGGCUCUUGACAGAAUAUGAUGACUGUAUUCCGUGUGUGUUCAUGAACUUGAUAACAGGAUGGAAGGACACUGAGUGAAUGAAGCAGUGAUACAAAGCAGAUGCUACAGAUUCUGGUGUUUGCCUACAGCAGUGGUUUGCAAUCAACAUAAGAAGAUCUUGUCAGUUAACAUGACGUCUGGUUGCAAGUGGAUGAAUGUUUUUUGUUUAUUUCUUUCAUCAACAAAAAUGUCAUCUUCGUUUUUAAAAACUCAUUUAUGUAAAUAAACAUUUGUGUAUA